GCAGCGGCGACGACGGAGGCGGCCAUUAGGAGAUCCUCCUCGCCUCAGAGAAGCAGAGGGUCCCCCGACGAAGGAGGAGAAGGAGAAGGCGAUCCCCGCGCGGGGAGAGAGGGACGGGGCCCGGGCCAGCGCUGCCCAGGGGAGCCCCGGGGCCUCCCUGAGCUCUGUAUCUCCUUCCUUCCCGCAGCCAAGAGGCCUCCCCUGGCCAUGGCCGGCGUCUUCCCCUUCCGAGGGCCCUGCCCGCCCAUGCCCGCCCCUCUGGCCCCGCUGCCGGACUACAUGUCCGAGGAGAAGCUCCAGGAGAAAGCCCGCAAAUGGCAGCAGCUGCAGGCCAAGCGCUACGCCGAGAAGCGCAAGUUCGGCUUUGUGGACGCCCAGAAGGAGGACAUGCCCCCGGAGCAUGUGCGCAAGAUCAUCCGCGACCAUGGAGACAUGACCAACAGGAAGUUCCGCCACGACAAGCGCGUCUACCUGGGGGCCCUGAAGUACAUGCCUCACGCCGUCCUGAAGCUCCUGGAGAACAUGCCGAUGCCGUGGGAGCAGAUCCGGGACGUGCCCGUCCUCUACCACAUCACCGGCGCCAUUUCCUUUGUUAACGAGAUCCCCUGGGUCAUUGAGCCCGUCUACAUUGCCCAGUGGGGGUCCAUGUGGAUCAUGAUGCGGCGGGAGAAGAGGGACAGGCGGCACUUCAAGCGCAUGCGCUUCCCGCCCUUUGAUGAUGAAGAGCCGCCUCUCGACUACGCCGACAACAUCCUGGAUGUGGAGCCCCUGGAGGCCAUCCAGUUGGAGCUGGACCCUGAGGAGGAUGCCCCAGUCCUGGACUGGUUCUAUGACCACCAGCCGCUGAAGGACAGCCGCAAGUAUGUGAAUGGUUCCACCUACCAGCGCUGGCAGUUCACGCUACCCAUGAUGUCCACUCUCUACCGCCUGGCCAACCAGCUCCUCACAGACCUGGUGGACGACAACUACUUCUACUUGUUUGACCUGAAGGCCUUCUUCACUUCCAAGGCCCUCAACAUGGCCAUCCCCGGAGGGCCCAAAUUUGAGCCUCUAGUCCGAGACAUCAACCUGCAGGACGAGGACUGGAACGAGUUCAAUGACAUCAACAAAAUCAUCAUCCGGCAGCCCAUCCGGACCGAGUACAAGAUCGCCUUCCCCUACCUGUACAACAACCUUCCCCAUCAUGUCCACCUCACCUGGUACCAUACACCUAAUGUGGUCUUCAUCAAAACUGAGGACCCCGACCUCCCAGCCUUCUACUUUGAUCCCCUCAUCAACCCAAUUUCUCACAGACACUCGGUUAAGAGCCAGGAGCCCCUCCCAGAUGACGAUGAGGAGUUUGAGCUGCCAGAGUUUGUGGAGCCCUUCCUGAAAGAGACCCCCCUCUAUACGGACAACACAGCCAACGGCAUCGCCCUCCUCUGGGCCCCCCGGCCCUUCAACCUGCGCUCGGGCAGAACCCGCCGGGCCCUCGACAUCCCCCUCGUCAAGAACUGGUACCGAGAACACUGUCCUGCUGGGCAGCCAGUCAAAGUGCGGGUCUCAUACCAGAAGCUCCUGAAGUACUAUGUCUUAAAUGCUCUCAAGCACCGGCCUCCCAAGGCCCAGAAGAAGAGGUACCUCUUCCGCUCCUUCAAGGCUACCAAGUUCUUCCAGUCAACCAAACUGGACUGGGUGGAGGUGGGCCUUCAGGUCUGCCGCCAGGGGUACAACAUGCUCAACCUGCUGAUCCACCGCAAGAACCUCAACUAUCUCCACCUGGACUACAACUUCAACCUGAAGCCUGUCAAGACCCUCACCACUAAGGAGAGGAAGAAGUCUCGCUUUGGCAAUGCUUUCCACCUUUGCCGGGAGGUGCUGCGUCUGACAAAGCUGGUAGUGGACAGCCAUGUCCAGUACCGACUGGGGAAUGUGGACGCCUUCCAGCUGGCAGAUGGCCUUCAGUACAUCUUUGCUCAUGUUGGGCAGCUGACAGGGAUGUACCGGUACAAGUACAAGCUGAUGAGGCAGAUCCGGAUGUGCAAAGACCUCAAGCACCUCAUCUAUUACCGCUUCAACACCGGUCCAGUGGGCAAAGGCCCCGGCUGUGGCUUCUGGGCCCCUGGCUGGCGAGUGUGGCUGUUCUUCAUGAGAGGCAUCACACCACUGCUGGAGCGCUGGCUGGGCAACCUUCUGGCCAGGCAGUUCGAAGGCCGUCACUCAAAGGGUGUAGCCAAGACGGUCACCAAACAGCGAGUGGAGUCCCACUUUGACCUGGAGUUGCGGGCGGCAGUGAUGCACGACAUCCUGGACAUGAUGCCAGAGGGGAUCAAGCAGAACAAGGCCCGGACCAUCCUGCAGCACUUGAGUGAAGCCUGGCGGUGCUGGAAGGCUAACAUUCCCUGGAAGGUGCCCGGGCUGCCCACACCCAUUGAGAACAUGAUCCUGCGCUACGUCAAGGCCAAAGCUGACUGGUGGACCAACACAGCCCACUACAACCGAGAGCGCAUCCGCCGUGGGGCCACUGUGGACAAGACAGUCUGCAAGAAGAACCUGGGCCGUCUCACCCGGCUGUACCUGAAGGCUGAGCAGGAGCGGCAGCACAACUACUUGAAGGAUGGGCCCUACAUCACAGCCGAGGAGGCUGUGGCUGUCUACACCACCACUGUCCACUGGCUGGAGAGCCGGCGCUUCUCGCCCAUCCCCUUUCCUCCACUCUCCUACAAACAUGACACCAAGCUGCUGAUCCUAGCCUUGGAGAGGUUGAAGGAGGCCUACAGCGUAAAGUCCCGCCUGAACCAGUCACAGCGAGAGGAGCUGGGCCUCAUUGAGCAGGCCUACGACAAUCCCCAUGAGGCCUUGUCCCGCAUCAAGCGACACUUGCUGACUCAGCGAGCCUUCAAAGAGGUGGGCAUUGAGUUCAUGGACCUGUACAGCCACCUGGUCCCUGUAUAUGAUGUAGAGCCUCUGGAGAAGAUCACAGAUGCUUACUUGGACCAGUACCUCUGGUACGAGGCAGACAAACGGCGGCUCUUCCCCCCAUGGAUUAAGCCGGCUGACACUGAGCCCCCGCCCUUGCUGGUGUACAAGUGGUGCCAGGGCAUCAACAACCUGCAGGAUGUCUGGGAGACCAGUGAAGGCGAGUGCAAUGUCAUGCUGGAGUCGCGCUUUGAGAAGAUGUACGAGAAGAUUGACUUGACGCUGCUUAACAGGCUGCUGCGCCUCAUUGUUGACCACAACAUUGCCGAUUACAUGACAGCAAAGAACAAUGUGGUUAUCAAUUACAAGGACAUGAACCACACCAAUUCCUAUGGGAUCAUCCGGGGUCUGCAGUUUGCCUCCUUCAUCGUACAGUAUUAUGGCCUGGUGAUGGAUCUCCUUGUGUUGGGCCUCCACCGCGCCAGUGAGAUGGCUGGCCCUCCACAGAUGCCCAACGACUUCCUGAGCUUCCAGGACAUUGCCACAGAGGUGGCCCACCCCAUCCGCCUCUUCUGCAGAUACAUUGACCGCAUCCACAUCUUCUUCAGGUUCACGGCCGACGAGGCAAGGGACCUGAUCCAGCGCUACCUCACAGAACACCCAGAUCCCAACAAUGAGAAUAUUGUGGGCUACAACAACAAGAAGUGCUGGCCCCGGGACGCCCGCAUGCGUCUCAUGAAACACGACGUCAACCUUGGCCGCGCUGUCUUCUGGGACAUCAAGAACCGUCUGCCUCGUUCAGUCACCACUGUCCAGUGGGAGAACAGCUUCGUCUCUGUCUACAGCAAGGACAACCCCAAUCUGCUCUUCAAUAUGUGUGGCUUUGAGUGCCGGAUCCUGCCCAAGUGCCGCACAAGCUACGAGGAGUUCACCCACAAAGAUGGGGUCUGGAACCUGCAGAACGAGGUGACCAAGGAGCGGACAGCGCAGUGUUUUCUGCGGGUGGAUGAUGAAUCCAUGCAGAGAUUCCACAACCGGGUCCGUCAGAUCCUUAUGGCCUCUGGCUCAACCACAUUCACAAAGAUUGUGAACAAGUGGAACACAGCCCUAAUCGGCCUGAUGACCUAUUUCCGUGAAGCCGUGGUGAACACCCAGGAGCUGCUGGAUCUGCUGGUGAAGUGUGAAAACAAGAUCCAGACUCGAAUCAAGAUUGGUCUGAACUCCAAAAUGCCCAGCCGUUUCCCGCCAGUGGUCUUCUACACUCCCAAGGAGUUGGGGGGCCUGGGCAUGCUCUCUAUGGGACAUGUCCUCAUCCCCCAGUCUGAUCUGAGGUGGUCCAAGCAGACAGACGUGGGCAUCACGCAUUUCCGGUCAGGAAUGAGCCACGAGGAGGACCAGCUGAUUCCCAACUUGUAUCGGUACAUCCAGCCCUGGGAGAGUGAGUUCAUUGACUCCCAACGAGUGUGGGCAGAGUAUGCCCUCAAGAGGCAAGAAGCCAUUGCCCAGAACAGGCGCCUGACCCUGGAGGACUUGGAGGACUCGUGGGACCGAGGCAUCCCUCGCAUCAACACCCUUUUCCAGAAGGACCGCCAUACACUGGCAUAUGACAAAGGCUGGAGGGUCAGGACAGACUUCAAGCAAUACCAGGUUCUGAAGCAGAACCCUUUUUGGUGGACCCACCAGCGCCAUGACGGGAAGUUGUGGAACCUGAAUAACUACCGGACAGACAUGAUCCAAGCACUCGGGGGCGUUGAGGGCAUCCUGGAGCACACCCUCUUCAAGGGGACCUACUUCCCCACCUGGGAGGGUCUCUUCUGGGAAAAAGCCAGUGGGUUUGAGGAGUCCAUGAAGUGGAAGAAGCUGACCAAUGCUCAGCGCUCAGGUCUCAACCAGAUCCCAAACAGACGGUUCACCCUCUGGUGGUCGCCCACCAUCAACAGAGCCAACGUGUACGUGGGCUUCCAGGUGCAGCUGGAUUUGACAGGUAUCUUCAUGCACGGCAAGAUCCCCACUCUGAAGAUCUCCCUCAUCCAGAUCUUCCGGGCCCAUUUGUGGCAGAAGAUCCACGAGAGCAUCGUCAUGGACUUGUGUCAGGUUUUUGACCAAGAGCUGGAUGCCCUGGAGAUUGAGACAGUGCAGAAGGAGACAAUCCACCCCCGGAAGUCCUACAAAAUGAACUCCUCCUGCGCUGACAUCCUCCUCUUUGCCUCCUACAAGUGGAAUGUUUCUCGGCCCUCGCUGCUGGCGGACUCCAAGGACGUGAUGGACAGCACCACCACCCAGAAGUACUGGAUCGACAUCCAGCUGCGUUGGGGCGACUAUGACUCCCAUGACAUUGAGCGCUAUGCCCGGGCAAAGUUCCUGGACUACACCACAGACAACAUGAGCAUCUAUCCUUCCCCCACCGGUGUCCUCAUUGCCAUCGAUCUGGCCUACAACCUACACAGUGCCUAUGGGAACUGGUUCCCAGGGAGCAAGCCGCUGAUCCAGCAGGCCAUGGCCAAGAUCAUGAAGGCCAACCCGGCUCUUUAUGUCCUGCGGGAGCGGAUCCGGAAGGGGCUGCAGCUCUACUCCUCGGAGCCCACCGAGCCCUACCUCUCCUCCCAGAACUACGGGGAGCUUUUCUCCAACCAGAUCAUCUGGUUCGUUGAUGACACCAACGUCUACCGGGUCACCAUUCACAAGACCUUCGAAGGGAAUUUGACAACAAAGCCCAUCAAUGGUGCCAUCUUCAUCUUCAACCCCCGGACUGGGCAGCUCUUUUUGAAGAUCAUCCACACUUCAGUGUGGGCUGGGCAAAAGCGCUUGGGCCAGCUGGCCAAGUGGAAGACAGCUGAAGAGGUGGCAGCUCUCAUCCGGUCCCUUCCUGUGGAGGAGCAACCAAAGCAGAUCAUCGUCACCCGCAAGGGCAUGCUGGACCCUCUGGAGGUGCACUUGCUGGACUUCCCCAACAUCGUCAUCAAAGGCUCUGAGCUGCAGCUGCCCUUCCAGGCCUGUCUGAAGGUGGAGAAGUUUGGGGACCUGAUCCUGAAGGCCACGGAGCCCCAGAUGGUCCUCUUCAACUUGUACGACGACUGGCUGAAGACCAUCUCCUCAUAUACGGCUUUCUCCCGGCUGAUCCUCAUCCUCCGGGCUUUGCACGUGAACAAUGACCGGGCGAAGGUCAUCCUGAAGCCAGACAAGACCACCAUCACGGAGCCCCACCACAUCUGGCCCACGCUGACGGAUGAGGAGUGGAUCAAGGUGGAGGUGCAGCUGAAGGACCUGAUCUUGGCCGACUACGGCAAGAAAAACAAUGUGAACGUAGCGUCCCUGACGCAGUCGGAGAUCCGGGACAUCAUCCUGGGGAUGGAGAUCUCGGCCCCCUCGCAGCAGCGCCAGCAGAUCGCGGAGAUCGAGAAGCAGACCAAGGAGCAGUCCCAGCUGACAGCCACCCAGACCCGGACGGUCAACAAGCACGGGGACGAGAUCAUCACCUCCACCACCAGCAACUACGAGACCCAGACUUUCUCCUCCAAGACCGAGUGGCGGGUCAGGGCCAUCUCUGCUGCCAACCUCCACCUGCGGACAAAUCACAUCUAUGUGUCCUCGGAUGACAUCAAAGAGACCGGCUACACCUACAUCCUCCCCAAGAACGUGCUGAAGAAGUUCAUCUGCAUCUCAGACCUCCGGGCUCAGAUCGCUGGCUACUUGUAUGGAGUGAGCCCCCCAGAUAACCCCCAGGUGAAGGAGAUCCGCUGCAUCGUGAUGGUGCCUCAGUGGGGGACCCACCAGACGGUCCACCUGCCUGGACAGCUCCCCCAGCAUGAGUACCUCAAGGAAAUGGAGCCCUUGGGGUGGAUCCAUACGCAGCCCAACGAGUCCCCACAGCUCUCCCCACAAGAUGUGACGACCCACGCCAAAGUCAUGGCAGAGAAUCCUUCCUGGGAUGGAGAGAAGACCAUCAUCAUCACCUGCAGCUUCACCCCCGGCUCCUGCACCCUGACCGCCUACAAGCUGACCCCCAGCGGCUUUGAGUGGGGCCGGCAGAACACGGACAAAGGGAACAACCCCAAGGGCUACCUGCCCUCCCACUAUGAGCGCGUCCAGAUGCUGCUCUCGGAUCGCUUCCUGGGCUUCUUCAUGGUCCCAGCCCAGGGCUCCUGGAACUACAACUUCAUGGGCGUGCGCCACGACCCAAACAUGAAGUACGAGUUGCAGCUGGCAAACCCCAAGGAGUUCUACCAUGAGGUCCAUCGCCCCUCGCACUUCCUCAACUUUGCCCUCCUGCAGGAAGGGGAGGUCUACUCUGCCGACCGCGAGGAUCUCUACGCCUGAGGCGCAAGAUGGGGACACAGCUCCGCGCGGCUUCAAUACAACCCCCCCCCCCCCCAGUUCAUGUUCUGCGUUUCACAGACCCGGUUUCCCUUCCCUCCUAGGUUUCAGUGUUGGGUCCCUUUAUGGACCGCGUUGUGUAUAAUGUCUGCAUUAGAGUGUUUCACAGUUGUUGAAUAAACUUUUGUAUAAAGCGGUG